AUGUGUUGCGAGGAAGGAAGGAGACAGAAAGCGAACGUAGCCAGCAACAAGGAGCGACCAGGGAAACAGAAAAACAGAUCGGGGCGGCACGCAACGGCACUUGACCCGCGUCAACGCACAGCCGCCCCCAACGGGACUCCCCCUUCGCCAAGACACCCCUGGGCUUGCCCCAGAACGCAACCGCCCACCCCCCGCCUGCAGCCAGGGGGACAAGCAGAGGACAAGAGCCAGUGGGAGCCGCCUACCGCAUCUCUCACAGAGGAGGGUUGUGGCAAAAAUUCUUCAGCUGCAGUGUCCCGUGACUUGCUUUAUAGUCACCGAAUUCGCGGCAGCCAGCGUUUCAGUGUUGCCGCAGCUAGUCGCCUCUGCCCGAUGGCAGAGAAGCCCACUCGCAGCCACAUGCUUGUGACUGUCGCCCAAUAG